AUGCCCCGCUCCGACGAAGCCGAAUGGUGGAUCAACGCCGUCUACGAAGCGAUCCAAGAAAUCCCCCGCGGCCGAGUAACCUCCUACGGCCAUAUCGCCUGCCUCCUGGGAUAUCCUAAACGCCCCCGCCAAGUCGGCGUAAGCCUCAAACAUCUGCCCUCUGCGCCGUCGAAUCCCGAGACAGAGACAGUUGUAGAGGCAGAGGCAGAUAGCGAAGAAGAGCCCGCCGCAACCCCAUUCUUUCACUCCGGGAACGUCCCGUGGCAGCGCGUGAUUAAUUCCAAGGGGAUGAUUUCGCAUCGAGGACCAGGAAGUGCAGAGCGGCAGGCUGAAGUGCUGCGAGCGGAGGGCGUGGAGGUGGAGGUGGAUAGUAUGGGGGAGUACUAUGUGGAUCUUGGGCGGUUUGGGUGGUUUCCGGAUGUGUUGCCGAGUGAGGAAGGGUUGGAGUCGGAUGGAGAUGGGGAGGGCGAGGGGGAGGGGGAGGGAGAGAGCAAUAUCUCGUAA